UACAGACUUAGUUCAGAGCUAAAAAUUAAAGGCUGCUCAAUGGCCAGAUAUUAGGACAAUCCAAAUAUAACCAGUCAGGAGGACCAGCCUAAGAGUUGUUUUCCUGAACAAGUGCCAAUUUUGGCCAGAUAUUGUCUGUCUUCUAGUCCAUAUUUUAAGCUCUGUAUUUCUGCAGCUUUGCUCAAUUAGCAACUGGUUUUCCUUACACUUGUAAUCAGUCUUAAAAUGUUGCUUCUGCUUGUACAUGUGUUUCAGGGUAAGAAAAGGUCUGAUAAUGUAAAGUCCAUUUAUCCACCAUUUCUGAGAAUGCUUUGUUUCUGUGGCCAGGAAAAAUAUAAAUGGCUAUGGAAAGGAGAAAAUCCUACCAAUUAGCUAAAUACGUUUACAAAUUUACCAUAAAUUUUCUCACUAAAUCAAUAAAUCAUUCGCUUGCAAACAGAGCCAGCAAGUGCUAGAAACCACCGUUUUCCUUUCAAAUUUUUAGCAUGUCUUUUUUGUAGUAAGAAAAAAACAAAUUUCUGAUUGUUUUUUGUGGUAUGUCCUCUUAUUUACCAACAGUUGGUCAAAAUUUGGCUCUACCUUUUGAGUACAUAUCAUUUUGACCAACUGUCGACAUCAUAUCAUAGUAAAUAAGAGAUCAUACCAUGCAAAACCAUCAGAAAUUUGUUAAGUUUGUUGUGUUGUGUUGCCGUUUAUUAGUUUUUAGUUUGUGUUUGUUGCUAACCCACACCAUUGCCUUUACAGCCAACUGUGUGUAAUAACUAAACAAGAACGCUUGGUGGAUGUAGUACUAUCUGUCUUUUUAUGCUGGUUUAGGCAACUACCGCAUUAAAGGCACAAAGCCCCCAAUAUUUCAUCAAACACAGAGCUGGCUAGCCAAAACACAAGAGCUAAAAUCACUUUUAGUUGAUUACCUCUGCGCACAAUGCAGUUGGUUAUUUAGGCUUAGAGUUUUUUUGCUCAAAAUUUGAGCUUUUUUGACAAAGCCACAAGGCUUUUUACUAAGUGUUAACAAGAAAUGUAUGUUCUUUCGAAUGUGAUGGUUGUGUUAUUGAGUAACAUUGCGAGGGCAUAAGGACACUCCCCAUCGGAAUCGCAUAGGUCAUGCCUAGGGGUUGCACCCAGUCAGGUUUAGGGGAAAGUACCAUCCUAAAGAGGCUGCAGUCCGAAACAAAGAGAUGCAAAAGGCAGUGAAGAAAAGAGUUUCAGUUUUCCUAGAGCUGAUGAAGUCAGGCCGUGCUGACUCUCUUCUUCUUGACGUGGAUCAUUCAGAUAAUAUAGUAAAACUCUUAGAUGCAGUGGUCAUUAAACUAGAAGGAGGAUCAGAUUUUGACCUAACCAUUCUUGACAGAGCACCUUCUCCAGAAAGAAAGAUGAAUGAAGAGAAAGAAGCUCACUCUUCUGAUUCAAAGAGAGACAGGAGAAAGGGAAGAUCGCACACACACUCACGGUCACCUUCACCAAACAAGUCCAAAGAUAACAAAGAUUCAGAGAUCAACCCAAUAUCACCAUCGUCAGUUCCUCUACCUGAUGCCCCACCCCCCUCAACAACCCCUAGUACAAAGAGUGAUCCAAAGCCAAUAACCAUAGCUGACCCCACCCCUGAACAGAAGAAACUACAAGAACAGGCACAGUUUUACCAUCAACAGAGUCAGCUCUUUCAACAACAGCAGCAGGGAAUGGCAGACAAAUCAGGACAACAAAAGCAACAAGAACAAAAACAAAGYGAAGGAAAGGAGGAAGCUGGAAAAAAGAAACGCAAACAUCGACAUAGAGAACCAUACUAUUAUGAUGCAAUAGAAGAUGAAAGUGAGAGUGAAUCUGAUUCAGAGUCUGAUUCUGAGCCCGCUCCCCCUGGGGAAGAAAUGUCAUCCAACGAAGCAAAAGGAGAAGAGGAACUGUUACCCCCAGGGGUGGAGGCGGAGGCAGCACCAGCAGCUGAUGAGGAUAUCAAGCCUCCAGGAGUUGAUGAUUCCUCUACAGCAGAAGCCGCCAUCCAGCUGCCAACUAGUUCAUCAGGUGUGGAAAAAGAUGAUAAACCAGAUUCAGCUGCAGAUGAUGCUGUUGGCUCCAGUGAACCUGAAAUGGAAGUGAGCAGUCAAGACACAGCAGCAACAAAACCAACUAAACCAGCCCCAGGCACCUCAGAUGAUUCUGCAAUAGACUCAACACAAAGUCCUGACACUAAGCCUCAGUCUGACAGCCCUGAUCAAUCAGAAGAGAGUAUCAAGAGGCAAACAGGGGACCCACAAGUGGGUAGUAGUACUGUGAGCUCAGAUGCCACAGUCAGUUCUGCUGCCAAGGACAAUGAAGAUGUAGACAUGGCACCGGAAUCAUCUAGUGAUGUUGUCAGGAAGAUCUCUGUUGAUGGUGAAGCUGAGUCAAAUACUGAUGUAGAAAUGCCUUCAACCCCUGUAACUCCACAAAACAAGAAUCCAGAAGAGAUGGAUUCCAACAGACUGGCAGAGAAAAAAGAAGUAAAGGAGGAAGAGAGUCCAGUCAAACCCUCUCCUGCCAAAGAAUCUAAAGAAAAUGCCGUUGAAGAGAAAGAGAAAGAUUCAGCUGAAGAUGGAGAAGAAGAAAAAGAAAAGCCAUCACAACAAGGCAAAGAAGUGGUGGCCCUAUCCCCAGAACCUAGACCAUUACACAAGACUUAUUCUCUGUUUAUGAGAAACAUUCCACCUAGCAUAUCCAAGGGAGACAUUGCUGCCAUUUGUAAAAGAUUUACUGGAUUUCUAAGAGUUGCACUCUCRGAUCCAAGCCCUGAUAGAAGAUUUUAUCGAAGAGGCUGGAUAACCUUUGAAAGAAGUGUGAAUAUCAAGGAAAUCUGCUGGGACCUCAACAACAUAAGGUUAAAAGAUGUUGAGCUCAACCCUGUGGUGAACCGUGACCUGUCCCGUCGUGUACGUACAGUCAGUGGUCUGACGUUUGCCAAACAGGUCAUUAGGGAGGAUAUCAAGCUUGCUGCUCAGCUUAUCAGGAUACUAGACAAGAAAUCUUGUGUUUAUGAAAAGGAGAAAAAGAUGGAGGAAAGCAAUGGAAAAGAUAAGGAUUCUGAGAAAAAGGAAGAAGGAGAAGAAGGAGAAGAAAGAGCAGAUGAAAAGGAGACCAACGUCAACCUCCCAGACGAGAACCCCAUCCUUGCAUCCCUAUCAGAAGACGCYACCGAAGAAGAAGAAGGGGAAGAAAUGGAGCUAUUAGGAACAUCUUCUGGAACACCGGAUGCUAAUGUAGAGAAGUCAGAGGUUGAUUUGACUAUUGAUGAGAAUUUGCUUCGAGUGUUGGACAGACUGGUUCUGUAUUUAAGGAUUGUACAUUCUCUGGAUUACUAUAAUGGUGGAGAUUACCCACAUGAAGAUGAGAUGCCUAACAGAUGUGGGAUAAUUCAUGUCAGGGGACCUGCUCCUGAGAAGGCUACUCAAAAUGAAGUACAAGAAUGGCAGAAGACAUUAAAACAGAAACUAGAACCGUUCAUGCAAGAAAAAGGAUCCAUUAGUGAUGAGGAAGUUACUAAACUCGGCAAAAAAGACCCUGAAGCUGAAAUUGAAAAGUUUGUUGAAGCCAACACCCAAGAGCUGGCAAAAGACAAGUGGCUAUGUCCACUCAGUGGGAAGAAAUUCAGAGGACCAGACUUUGUCAGAAAACACAUAUUUAACAAACAUGCAGAGAAAGUUGAAGCUGUAAGGCUAGAGGCCGAGUUUUUUAACCGUUAUUUGUCAGACCCCAGAAGACCUCAGAACCUCGAGGUGAUGCAGAAACAAACUGGUCCCCAGGGACACAUGGGAGGGCAGAUGUUUGGACAGCAACACGAUGGAGGGCAAGGCAUGAUGGGAUGGGGUCCCAGACCCCACAUGAUGAUGUAUGGUCCUCGUGCUCCUUACACACCACCAUCUUUCGGAGGAGGGUUUGGCCCUGAAGGAUACGGACGAGGAGGUGGAGGGCACACUUUCCCGCCAAAACCAAGAAGAUUUGGAGACGCUGCCGGACGAUUCAGGCAGCAAGAGAGGGGGCACCCCAGAGAACCAAGACAAAUCGUUCAAUACAGAGACCUUGAUGCACCUGAAGACACAGACAUGUUUUAGAACUCAGCAACCACUCCUGUAAACGAACUCCUAUGGCGUUGAAUUGUGGGUUAAAAUUUGACCCAGAAUUCCAUGAGAGACGACAGUGGUUAUAACCAGUUAUGGCUUUUCUAAGAGAAAGCUAGUAAGACGACAAAAACGACAGAUGAUGGCAUAUGUGAUGGGAAGAACGCAUUUUAGUGCCUUAUUACUGCAAUUUAGAAAACUAGACAAAAGAAUUGAUUUUAAACUUAAUGAGCUUCUUGCAAAACACAGCUACAAUAAUAUGACACUAUUACUUGGGAUGCUCGAUAAACUUGCAUUAAUUAUAUUAUAUAACGUUUUACCAUAA